AGGCUGCGCACCGCCCAGGCAGAGCCGGUGCGUCGGGGACUCGGACGCCUCGGGCUGGGGAGCGCAGACCAGCCAUGGCCACCACCAACGGGGCUGUGGAAAAUGGACAGCCGGAUGGGAAACUGCCUGCCCUGCCGCGCCCCAUCCGCAACUUGGAGGUUAAGUUCACCAAGAUAUUUAUCAACAACGACUGGCAUGGAUCCAAGAGCGGAAAAAAGUUUGCCACAUACAACCCUUCGACUCUGGAGAAAAUCUGUGAGGUAGAAGAAGGUGAUAAGCCCGAUGUGGACAAGGCCGUGGAGGCUGCACAAGCCGCCUUCCAGCGGGGUUCCCCGUGGCGCCAGCUGGAUGCCCUAAAGCGAGGCCAGUUACUGCACCAGCUGGCUGAUCUUGUGGAAAGGGACCGUGCCAUCCUGGCCACCCUGGAGACCAUGGACACCGGGAAACCAUUCCUUCACGCCUUUUUCAUGGACCUGGAGGGCUGUAUUAAGACCUUCAGAUAUUUUGCCGGGUGGGCAGACAAAAUCCAGGGCAGGACCAUCCCCACAGAUAACAAUGUUGUGUGCUUUACCAGGCAUGAGCCCAUUGGGGUGUGUGGAGCCAUUACACCAUGGAACUUCCCCCUGCUGAUGCUGGCCUGGAAACUGGCUCCUGCCCUGUGCUGUGGGAACACCGUGGUCCUGAAGCCAGCUGAGCAGACACCCCUUACUGCCCUGUACCUUGGCUCUCUUAUCAAAGAGGUCGGGUUCCCUCCGGGUGUGGUGAACAUCGUGCCAGGCUUUGGGCCCACAGUGGGAGCAGCAAUCUCCUCUCAUCCACAGAUCAACAAGAUAGCCUUCACAGGGUCCACAGAGGUUGGAAAGCUGGUUAAAGAAGCCGCCUCCCGGAGCAACCUGAAGCGGGUCACGCUGGAGCUGGGGGGCAAGAACCCGUGCAUCGUGUGUGCCGACGCUGACUUGGACUUGGCUGUGGAGUGUGCUCACCAGGGGGUGUUCUUCAACCAAGGCCAGUGCUGCACGGCCGCCUCCAGGGUGUUCGUGGAAGAGCAAAUCUACGGAGAGUUUGUGAGGAGGAGUGUGGAAUAUGCCAAGAAGAGGCUAGUUGGAGACCCCUUCGAUGCCAAAACUGAGCAGGGGCCCCAGAUCGAUCAAAAGCAGUUUGACAAAAUCCUUGAGCUGAUUGAGAGUGGGAAGAAAGAAGGGGCCAAGCUAGAAUGUGGGGGGUCAGCCAUGGAGGACAGAGGACUGUUCAUCAAACCCACUGUCUUCUCAGAUGUUACCGACAACAUGAGGAUUGCCAAAGAGGAGAUUUUUGGACCAGUGCAGCCAAUACUGAAGUUCAAAAAUCUCGAAGAAGUGAUCAAAAGGGCAAACAGCACUGACUAUGGACUCACGGCGGCAGUGUUCACCAAAAACCUCGACAAAGCCCUGAAGCUGGCUUCGGCGCUGGAGUCGGGCACAGUCUGGGUCAACUGCUACAAUGCCUUCUACACACAGGCUCCGUUUGGUGGCUUCAAAAUGUCUGGAAAUGGCAGAGAACUGUAA